GACUGUACAAGUAUCUAGGAGAGGUUUGUGACUGUCUUUCAGUGUAUGAAGUUAUUUUAAAUUAUUUUGUUUUCCAAAUAAACUCUCAAUGGACGUGCCUUUUGAUUCUCCAGAACUAGAGCAAAGAAAGAAGUACUCUAGUUUUAACUUCAUCGCAGCAGACACAUCACAGUAUGCUGUUAAUCACCUAGUGACCUUUGCCAUCAGCUCUGAAGAUGAAGUACACACAGUGGAAGAAGCCGUGCGUAAGCUGACUGCCAUGGAUGCAAAAGGGAAGAUAUGGACACAAGAAAUGCUACUUAAAGUUAACACCAAUGGCGUUGAUCUCUACGAUGUUGAAUCUACGGAGCAUCUGGAACACUAUCCUCUUCCAGCUAUUCAACGUUGUGAAGCAAUCCUGAGUGACAAUCGUUUUCAUUCCUUGCUACUUCUUGUUUGUCAGGACAUCACUCAGUUGAAGCCGGACAUUCACUUUUUUCAAUGUGAUGAAGUUGGGGCUGAUUUGAUAAGAGAUGACAUUAACGGUGCAAUUUCAGACCAUAAAAGUGGAAAAAACGUCAAAAGGCCAGAGGCCCUAAGUAAUAACACUAAGAAGAUGAAUGCACUGAACGACUCACCUCGUCAGCCUUCCAAACCUGCUCCCAAAGCACCUUUCACCUACAACCCCUUUGGCAAGCCAUUGGACAACAAAGAGGACCCUACAGUAAUUUACAGCCAGGUGAACAAAAGUAACCGUGAGAAGCAGUCUGUCAACAACACGUACCUCUAUAAUCGGGAACAGAAUCUAUCAGGUGACAUGAGUAGCCUUGGAGAUGUGCACAGCCUUGAUGGUAGAAGCAGCCUAGGAGGCAGUAACAGCACAUUGGACAGGAGCAGCAUUGGUGACCGAAGCAAUUCUCCUGAUCCCCAUGCAAGCAUUGAUAUAGUUGCCUUGAGAGCAGAGAGAGAUGUAGAAAUACUGAACCACACCUUUGACGAUAUUGAAAGCUUCAUGGGAAAGCUGCAGAAAGCUGCAGAGGCCUUCAAAGUAUUACAACAAAGAAGGAAGUUUCGCAAAAGCAACAAAAAGAAAGAAGUAGGAGAAGGUUUGCUGACCAUACGAGCAAAGCCACCAACAGAAGAGGAGUAUAUUGAUGUACUGCAGAAGUUUAAAUACUGUUUCAGCCUAUUGGCAAAGCUGAGGAACAAUAUUGUGAACCCUAAUGCCUCCGAGUUGGUUCACUACUUAUUUGGGCCCCUGGAACAGGUGGUCCAGAGUGUUGGAGGGCCUGAGAUUCCAAGAGAGGUCAUUAGCCCCAUGAUGACAAAAGAUGGUGUGUCCCUGCUGAACAACUGCCUGAAUGAGAAGGAGAUGGCCUUGUGGAAGUCACUGGGUGACUACUGGACAAAGCCAAGGACAGAGCUUCCUAGAGACCAGUACAUACCCUACAGCAUAAGAUUUCUGAAUGAUUGGGAGCCCUCUCAUUUGGACCCCAAUGGAGAACCCUGGGAGGACCCUGUGGAGAUGCAACUUCGUCAUGAGGGACUGCGCUCUCAGCAAUCGGCUAACCCAGUGCUUCAACCAGCAGUGCUCAAUGGGCAUCCUGAAGGACAAGGGAGGUAUAUACGAUGCACAUAUGAUUUUGUUGCCAGAAACAGCAAUGAACUUUCUGUCCUGCAUGGAGAGACAUUAGAGGUCUUAAAUGACUCUAAACGUUGGUGGAAAGCAAAAAAUCGUUAUGGAGAGGUGGGAUAUGUCCCUUACAAUAUUCUUACUCCUAUUUCAGCACAAGAGUUCCAUGAAAGCAGAGCAGAGAGUGGCAGUCCUAGAACAAAAUCACCUCCUACUACUCCAGUUAAAAAGGUUAUUCCACCAAGUAAUGUGCCUAGUAAUGUUAACACUAAUGGUACAGCCAUGCGAGAUGUCCCAGAUGGAAAAAGUGCUGACUCAAAAGACAGAGAGCGUGCCAAUCAUAUGAAUGUAAUAAAUGAAGAACUUCUUUUAAGACUAACAAGUGGUCGUACUACACCGCAGAAGACCUUCCAAGUGCAGAGGUCAUCAGACACAUCCAUUCCCCUCACUUACGAAUCCAGUCCAAGUGAAGUGAAGGCAUGGUUAGAGGCCAAAGGCUUCAGUGCAGUUACGGUAAAUUCCUUGGGAAUUCUAAAUGGAGCACAGCUAUUCUCUCUACAGAAACAGGAACUGAGAUCAGUGAGUCCUGAGGAAGGAGCACGAGUCUACAGUCAGCUCAUGGUGCAAAAGUCGAUUAUUGAGGACAAUAAGAGAAUUAGUGAACUUGAAGUUGUAAUGAAGCGACAGAAGAAGAAAGUUGACACAGAAAUUGGACUGGAGCAGUUCUGAAAGGCAUACAAAAGUAAGACUGCCCAGCCUGCUGAAAUCAGCUAUUUAUUAAACUUGCAAACAGUGUAAAAUGCUUGGCAAGGGCUCUGGACUUUGUUAUACAGUUUCUAUUUAAUGGCUGCAUCUCGGGAUAGAUCCAGAAUCUGGACUACCAGUAGUAGCCCAUUCAUUACUCUGAGUCUCAAGAACAACAUGGACUUUCUUCAGUCACACCUUUAUUUUCCAGAGGAAGAGACACUAUGUUCCAGUUACUCAAAUUACAGUGGUUACCACAUGGAGCUUGGGAAUAAAACUGUCAUUCUGAGUUUCAGGAUCUUCUGCCUUUGGACAAACAUCAUGUAUGGGGUUUCAACAAUUUUUGUAACUUUAAAUAUUAAAAGAAGGUGUAUGCUGAACAGUUCUAAUUAUUUGUGGGACAUGGUAUCUUGUACUCUCUUUUGUCUCCACCAUUUCUGCGUGACCCUUAUGGACUUCUCAGGCCAUAAUGAGAAAGUAUCAGAUCUCAAAGUGCUUUGUGCCAUAUUGGUAAACUUAUGGAGUGAAUAAGUUCUCAGUUUAAUCAGUUCCCUUGAAGACCUGUCAAAAUCACCAAGGGAACAUGGUUUUCCUGCCACUAGGUGUGACUUUCCUAACAUUCUUUUUCUUACACAUAGACAAAUUGAGUCACUCCCACCAGAAUGCUAAUAAAUAAAUCCACACUUGAUUGGCUGACCUAAGAUAUACAUGAAAAAGCACUAUGUUAAUCUUUUAUUUUCAUCCACAUGAAGAGAUGAUGGACAAGAAACAAACACUUUAGUAGUGUCUGUUGCUGCAUAGUAUUACAGAAGAAAGUUAAAUAUCCCAUUUUGUUGCUGGUUUUGUUUGUCUCUUCAGUUAAAGUGUUUGGUGCCAUGCAUUUCCUACUGUGGGAAUCCAGUAGGUAUUAAUCUGAGAGGCAUUCAUUGAUCAACUAGACUGAUAAAUUUUCAUUGGCUGGUGAUAGUCCUUACAGUAAUUGGGGACGGGAGUCAGUAUCAACUGCUGAACUAAUAGACUUGUUUUUGUUUUUAAUUUGUAUUUGGCAUUUCAUAAAACAUACUCUAAGAAAAGGCAUGCAUCUUAAAUGAGAAGUGUUUGUCUUCCUUAAUAGGUCUACUUAUACAAACCAGAAUUAUCUCCUGAUGUUCGCACAGCUCAUAAAACAAAUCAUAUGUCAUGCAGAUGGUGGAAGCAUCUUUACUCUGAAAGUCAGACUUUAAGAUGCUUGCUGCCUGAAAUGAUUUUUCACCCUUAAACUAAUUUAACUUCAGUAGUCCAAUAUAUAUAUAUUUUUUUCAUUUGUUCUAUAGUUCAAUGUUGACUAUUUAGAUGUUUUGUAGAACAGUUCUGGUCCAAGACCCUGAUGUCUCCAAUCUAACUGGGUUUUAUGCAUCAAUAGCCUUACACCUUACAAUGUUGGUAGCAUUGCAUUUGGUAACAAAUGCCAAAAACGAGAAACAGCAAACAGAAGUUAUUUACUAUAUAUUAUUAUGUUCAGAGUAAACUUGUGGAAGACUUACUCUUAUUUAUUUUUCAUUAUGGAAUUUUAUUUGUAGCAUGUAGAGGAUUGUAUUCAGGGUGCUGAUGCCUCUGUCUGCUUAAGUGUCAUGCUGUUCAAAGGCAUAAACCUUUGUCACUUGAGAUGUGGUAUUUUGAAUGGUGGUUUAGGAAGACAUGCGGUUCUUAUACUAUCAAUCAGAACUGUUUAAGCAGAAAUAAAGACAAACAAGUGAAACUGCAGAAAAGGCAAUAUCAGAAAAGGGUAGCAGUGGGUAAAUCACAGUUGGUGCCAAUAAGACUUUCAAAGCAUUCAUACAGUAUGAUUUAACAGCUGCUGUUACAGAGCUAAAUUGUGCAACACAGAGCUGUUGUGCAUGUGUAAAAUAGAUCUUUGAUUGCAGCAGAAAAGUUUCUUUCCCGUCAUCAAGUGGGGAGGUUUUAGGUGUUCUGAAUGAAUGAAGGCCACAUAGUGUGGCAUAAAUGCUUAAUAUUUCACAAUUUGUUUGUUAAGUGAUAUGGCAAUGUGUUGCACUGAAACUGUUAUUCCAUUCCAGUAAUUUUUACAAAAAUGAACUAUAAGUCAAAAUUCAUUAGCCUGAAAUAGUAUCAGCCUUCUCCACGUGUUUUACAGGACAUUUCUAAAAUCAGUGACUACCAUUUCUGGUGCUUCAGUACUGGAGCUGCAUCUUUUCAAAUGUCAGAGGAGCAAAGACCUUAUUUUCAUUAGUUAAUAUUAUUUGAACAUUUUUGACACAGGUGCAUUGUUUUGUUCAUUCUUUGUCCGUUUCCAGAAAUUCAUUAAUUUAUUUGGUAUUCAGUACCCCAUUGACCUCCAUAAUGCUGCACAUUGUAAUAGCCUGGAAGUUGAUGACAUCAGCCUAACUUCGAGUAGCUAGGCAGAUAAAAUGAGAAUAUUAAGUAAGAAAGAUAUGUGGCAGACAAAACAUGAAUGUUUAACAAGAAAAACAUUCAAGCUGUUUGAAUGUGAAAAAUAAGCUAUAUAAGUACAUAGCUGUAAGUAAGAGAAAGCGUUAACAGAUAACUAUUCACUUGUAUCCUUGUAAGUGGGAGUAAUACCAAAGGACAAUAUAUUUCCUACGUAUGUUCAGAAUAAUAAAGUGGUAACUUACCACAGGCAUAGGGAAGCACAGAUCAUACAUCUGCUGUACAAAAUGAUAGUGUAAAAAUGUGGACACAUAAGACGGCAGUCCAAGACAGCACAUAGUGGUGGUUGUAGGAGUAACAAAGUAGGUAACAGUGGUCCACAGAGAUUCUGGUAGGGAAUAUGCAGUGCAGACAGCAAUGUGUGUGUGUGUGUGUGUGUGUGUGUGUGUGUGUGUGUGUGUGUGUGUGUGUGUGUGUGUGUGUGAGAUGAGGGCAGUAAGCAGGAGAUGUGUAGCAGAAAGAUGCAGUAGCUAAACUAAAAGUUAAGGAAAUAAAAGUGAUGGCUUUAGGUAACAGGAGGCUAGUUGCAGAAUGCCGGUAUGUUGUAAGACAGCAAUGUGUUCCAUGAGAACGUAACUGGAAGAAAUCAAUAAAAUGGAGGGAGGGGUCCUCUCAAUGAACAGGAAAAGAGAAACUAUUGGAUGAAGUGAUUGCUGAAGAAGAAAUGCAGACUGAGCACUGGGCACUAUUGAUGGAUGGUAAAAUUGAAUAAUUAUAGCAUUUAGAACAAUUAUGAGUGUAUGCUGGAAGGAACAAAGAGCACAGCACUGUAUGGGUUUCUGUAUGAUCUGUACAAUGUAAAAGAAGAAAGAACGGAAGGAAGAUUAUCACAGACCGUAAGUGGGAGAGGAGCUUUAAUUUCCUGUUAUCUUUAGAUCUGCAGUAAAAAUGUCUAUUCCUACUAUAAUGCUAGCUACAUCUGCUGCAUUUUUUUCUUUAUUUUCUGUCUGAUCCUAUGCAUUCAGCAUUUCCUCAAAUGCCAAACUAAGGAGUGCCACUGACACCCCCAUAUAUUAUCACCAGCUAUCCCUGACCACCUCCUUCCAGGUGAGUGAUGGGUGGCGAGACUCUUUUGUUUUUUCCUCUAUUAUGCAUAGUUUGUCAGGCUGUCUGUUUGGUAUGGCAGCAGAGAAUACCACCAUUAAUCCACUCCCUCAAUUGCUUGAAUGUUUUUCUCUCCCUCUGUUUCCUAACACAGUGAUAAUGACUUAGCUUAUGUAAAACUCUGAAGAUACCUGCAACACUGAAUGUCUUGUGUGUGUGGCACCAAUGUUAUGACCACAACUCUAUACUUUCACUCCCUCCAGCCAACCUAUCCAACACGAAAGAACAGUUGUCCAGUGACCACUUAGUUCCCACCCUAAAUGCCCAUUUGAUGGCUCCAUCUCCUUCCCCAGCUUAAGACACUAGUGACACACAUGAACAGCAUGCAUGUGCGAUACAAAGCCACACAGGUUUGUGGUAAAGUAGGUACUGCAUGUUCUACAGUCACUCUCCAAAUUACUUUUUGAGUUAAAAAAGUUAGUUAAUCAAGCAACUAAAUUAGCAUUACAACUCCGAAAGUUUAAUCUAAUAUGGUUAAAUGAUGUUGGGGCAACAAUAUGGCUCAUUUCUAGGCUGUACCAAAAGGUAUGUGUGUAGUAAUUUCAUUGCAGAGGCAGUAGUAGUGACUCUAUUUUACAGAACAAGCAUAUUACACACGUAUUAAAGUAAACCCAUGUAUUCCCAAGUUACCUUCUACUGUUAUAUUAAAAUGUAAACAGUAGGUACUUUAUUUAUAUAUUUUACAAUAUGUUUCCCCAAAAAUUCAGCCAAGUCAGUGUUUAAUUUCAGUAGCAUCAUGGGAGUAAAGAGAAGUGACAUGGUGACAUGUAAAGAACAAAUGCAGGAAUGAAACCCAUUUAUGUAUGUUUGCAGCGGAGGACAGUUAAUUACCAUUUGGUGCUACAUAAUCGUGGUUGACAUGGUUCUCAGUUAAUUUUAAUAACAGAGCCAUAAAUCUGGGAAAAGAAGCUGUUAUCCCUUUUAUCUGUUUAACUAGUAUGGCCUAAUAACGCUUCCAGUGGUUUGGAAAGUAUAAAGUGACAACUGUCAAAUAAGCUUUAGUCUAGUCUGUCUUCUAGAUUAAUGCACUGAGCACACAGUACAAGCCUGAGCACACAGAACACCUAGGAUAGAAAAAAUAUGGUUCAGUUAUUUAUUUUUUUUUCCUGUUCUAGAUCAUCAAAGAAUUCUUGCAUUCAGGUGUGCACUUCUGAGCACAGCAAUUCCUACUCUAUUCAGCUAUUGUUAUAAUGUGACAAUUCUUCCUCUUAAAUUCUGCCUUUAUUAAGAUUAAAUAAAAAAAAAAAGAACAGUUCACAUUUCUUAAAUGAACAUGCACUUCCAAACAGGAGGUCACACAGGUCGUAGUAUUCUUUAUCUGAAAUAAUGCCAGGAUGUACGAGUUUCUCACUGAAAGAUUAGAUACAGAUAUUUCUUUAAAUUAUGUGAUCACAUUGAACAUAAACAGCUUAUUAGAAUUUGCAAAUGGAGAGGGCCAAGUAGCUUAAAAUGAAACCCAGAAUACUUAUACCAUCAUUUCUGCCCUAAGGUGAAAUUCCACACUGAUUUUGCAUUUAGUUACUCAGAUUUCAUUGUACUUUGUACAGGCGUGCAUCAUGUCCAAAUUAAAACAUGUCCCACUGCAUUCUGUAAUGUGGUUGCUGUGGUAAUAGUUACUAUUGCAUGUGCACAAUUUCAAACAAUUUCAAAGGCAAUUGUUUCUUUUGUCAUGUUUGAAAUGUAUGUUUGUAUCAUACUUGCAUUGUUGCAACCUUAAUAAUGGCCUACAAAGAAAAACUAAUUAGUUUUUAUGUUAUUUAUAUCAGUAAUAAUGUAGGAGAAAAUUGUAGAGUGUUACUGCAAAUGGUUUGUCCCUGAUGAACCUUACUGUGUCUGCAGAUCCCAUCCCAUUUGUUGUUUAUCCAAAGAGUGUGAAGCUGUAGUUCUUCGUACUAUCAGACCAUUGCCAAAGUUUCUGACCUUACCUUUUUUUUUUUGGUUCAUAGGUAGUGUACUAGGCUAACAACCACAAGGGCCUUUUUAAGCCUACCCUUUCAUCUCAAAUCUCUGACAAG